CCAAAAAGCGAAACAAAGAUGGACGUCGAAAAAAAUGAAUAUUUUCAGAUCAUAUCCAGUGAUGAUGGCGAACUUGAACCUAAAAACAGAUCAGACAAAAAAGAAAAGAAACACAAGCACAAACACAAGCAUAAACACAAGCACGACAAACAUGCUGGAGACAAACAUGCAGGUGACAAACACAAGCAUAAACACAAAAGAAAAAAAUCCAAGAAUGUGUCAGAUAACGAAGAGUCAGAUGUAAGAGUCAGAAAAAGGGCUAGGAUUGAAGCUUUGAACACUUACGACUCUGGAAGUGAGGGUUUGGAUGAAUCUGACUUGGAUAAACUGGAAGCAGCGAGAGCUGCUCUAAGGGCGGAAUUGAAUGGUGAAAAUGAAGAUUCAAGAAAUGAUUAUGCGGGUGAAGACCAAUUUAAUAAUUAUCACAAUCAAUAUAAUGACACUAACAAUGGUGGAACCAAUGAUGCCUUCAGGCAAGGCAUUGGUCUUGCAAUCACUAUUAAAGGGGAUUCUCAGGAUGACAGCAGGUUAGUUUCAGGCAAAGCCAAAAAGAGUAGAAAGUUUACAGAGGAGAAAGUUAAGGAGGCUGUUGGUAGGUCUGGUUCUAUAGGUCUGAUUGCAAGUUAUGGUUCCAAUGACAAUAGUAUUUCUGAGGAAGAAGGUGAAAUUCAAAAUGAUCUCCACGAUGAACUGCUAGAAUAUGCUAUUAACGAAAACAAGAGUGACAGGAAAUAUCCAAAACCGGGUAGAAGAGAGCGCUCAAAAAGUAGUAAGGAUGAGGCAUUUAAAAGCUUUGAAAAGGAAUAUGAAGAAAUAAAGAAAAGAAGAGAAAAAGAAAAAGAGCGCAAGAAAGAAAAGAAGGACAAGGAGAAGAAAACUGACAAAGAGAGAAAGAAAGAAAAGGAGAAGGAAUUAAGGCGCAAGGAGAAAGAAGAGUCAAAAAGGAGUCGAGAGAAGAGAGGAUCAGACAAGAGCAGUGAAAAAGAGAGGUCCAGGUCAAAAUCCAGAGCAGAAGAUGCCAAAGCAGCUGAAUUGGACCGAGAACGCAGACGGGAGGAAGAACGCAUCCGGGAAAGAACGCGGGAGCGGGAACGAGACAGGGAGAGGGAACGGGAAAAAGAGCGGGAACGUUUAAGGGAAAGAGAACUGGAUCGGUCACGGGAAGUCAGAGAGCGGAGUCCACGAGGUAGAGAAAGAAGCCCCAGGGACCGGCCAAUAAGCCAGAGUAGGGACAGAGAUUUCUGGAGACAGUCGCGUGAUCGUAGGAGCAGGUCCCGCGGGCGACGGAGCAGAUCACGAGGAAGAAGAAGUCGGUCAAGGGAUAGAAGAAGGGGUGAGAGAGAUGAAGACAAAUUUAAGGGCAGUCUGUCAGAGGGGCUUUUUGUGAAAAAGGAUCAGUCAGAUGAUGAUUUAGAAGUGACAGACAUAGACCCAGAUGAUGAGGAGGACGAGGAGACCUUGAUUGAGAGAAGACGCCAGGAGAGGGAAGCCCUUCUUGCUAAACUGAAGGAGGCAGAGCCUGUCCCAGAACCUGAGCCAGCCGUCCCUGAAGAGCCUGAUCCUGUUUUGGAGCCAACCCCUCCAGAACCAAGCCAGCAUGGAAUCAGUGUCGAGUUCCCUCCAUUACCUCCUACUUCAGAACAAGGCACAGAAGCGCCAGGUCUCCAACCAUCAGAAGGGCCAGCCAGUCCAGAAGGUUCAGACAGCAAUGAUUCCUCCUCCUCUUCCUCCUCCAGUGACUCAGACUCUUCCUCGGACAGUGACGAUGAUGAGGUCAAGCAAUCAAAGGAGGCAAAACGCAUACAGGCGAUGGAUCGAGCAAUCAGAGAAAGCGUGAAGGGAAGUGAACACAUCCUAGAUGAGGAUGAGAGAAGUUUGUCCCAAGCCAGGGAUAGAGAGGGAAUCUCCCAGGCUAGUGAUAGCGAGAGAAUGUCCCAGGCUAGGGAUAGAGAGAGGAGUAAAAGUAAAGGCGGUCAGAGAGACAGUGCUGAGAGAUUAGAAGAGAAGAAAUCGAGAAAAAGUAGGAAAGAAGAAGUGAUUUGGGUGGAGAAGGUUAAGACUGAGGAGGAUAAAAGUAGGAGAAGAGGGAAGGAAAAAGAUGUUGAUAGUGAUGAUGAUGAGAGGUAUGAAAAAAGUAAGUCAAAGAGAAAAUACAGUGAUAGUGAGAAUGAAGCUAGAAAGAAGAAAGAUAAGGAUCGGAAAAGUAGGGGGGAUAGUGAGGAAUUGGAGAGAAGAUAUCAAAAGAAUGACAGAAAAUAUGAAGAGAGAAGAAAGGAUGAUGAGACAGAUAAAAAAAGUAAGUCGAGACAUCAUAACUCUGAAAGUGAUGAUGAACAAUCUAGAAAAGAUGGUAGAAGGUCUGGUAGAGAUAAAGACAGAGAUAGGAGACCUAAGCGAGAUGAUGACAGAGGGAAGGAAAGAUCAAGAAGAGAUGAAAAAGGAGAUGGUGACAGGAAAAGAGAUGAUAAGAUCGGGAGGGAAAGUCGGGAUGGAAGGCGGAGGGAUGAUAAAAAGAGUUCAAGAUAUGAUAGUGACGGAGAUGAUAGAAGAGAUAGGAGAAAACCUUCAAGAAGACAUAGUAGCAGUGACUCUGAUACAGAAAGAAGGGAAAGACGCAGUAAAAAGGAUAAGAGAGACGAUAAAGAUAGAAAGAAAGAUAAGAAGGAUAAGAAGAGUGAAGUAGAAAAGGUUAAGUCAGAAGAAGAUAAAAGUAUGAGUAUUUACGAUGAAGGAGAAAACACCACCGACUUUGAGGAAACAGUAAAGCAGAAAAGAAUGUCCUUGGAAGGAUUCAGCCAAGGGGAAAAUGGAGAUACAACAGAAAAGAAAGAAGAUGGGAAGAGUAGAGGUGUGGACAUGUUUUCCGAGGAUGCUGACAUGUUCGCUGAGGACUACUGUAGCCCGAACCUGUCGGCCUUGAAGACGGGGAAGAAUGAGAACCCAAACCUGAUGGACAACUGGGACGAUGCCGAGGGAUAUUACAGGGUGCGUAUUGGAGAGGUCCUGGACAAGCGCUACUCUGUGUACGGCUACACUGGCCAGGGUGUGUUCAGUAAUGUGGUUCGAGCCCGCGACCAGUCACGCAGCAACACAGAGAUCGCCAUCAAGAUUAUCAGAAACAACGAGAUGAUGCACAAGACGGGUCUGAAGGAACUAGAGUUUCUCCGUAAGCUGAAUGAUGCUGACCCGGACGACAAGUUCCACUGUCUACGACUCUUCAGACAUUUCUUCCAUAAAAAUCACCUCUGUCUUGUCUUUGAAUCCCUCAGUAUGAACCUGCGUGAGGUAAUGAAGAAGUAUGGUAAAAACAUUGGCCUGCACAUCAAGGCUGUACGCAGCUACAGUCAGCAGCUCCUGUGUGCCAUCAAGUUAUUACAGAAGUGUAGUCUCCUCCAUGCUGACAUCAAACCGGACAACAUACUGGUGAACGAGUCCAAGAUGGUGUUGAAGCUGUGUGACUUUGGCUCGGCAUCCCACGUGUCAGAGAAUGACAUCACCCCGUACCUUGUCAGCAGGUUCUACAGAGCUCCAGAAAUCAUAAUUGGGAUAGGCUAUGACCAUGCCAUAGACUUGUUCUCAGUGGGGUGUACCAUCUAUGAGCUGUACACAGGGAAGAUACUGUUUGCGGGAAGUUCCAACAAUGAAAUGCUCAAGUUCAUGAUGGAUGUUAAGGGGAAGAUCCCUAACAAGGUGAUCAGGAAGGGUAUGUUUAGGGACCAGCAUUUUGACAGCAACAACAACUUCAUGUACCAUGAGGUGGAUAAAGUCACGCAUAGGGAGAAGAUAACGGUGUUGUCAACCAUUGCACCAUCGCGAGACCUGUUGGCGGAGCUGAUUGGCUACCAGCGCCUUCCAGAGGACCAGCUUCGCAAGGUUAAACAGCUCAAGGACCUACUGGAAAACAUUCUCAUGCUCGACCCGGCCAAACGCAUCCCUAUCAAGGGAGCACUCACGCACCCUUUCAUUACAGAAAAGAUUUGAAGAGUGUGAUCAUGGAUUUAAGAGAUAUUCAUGAAGAAACUUAGGGUAGGAGGCUUGUGUGAUUAUUGAGUAAUGUAAAGUACAUAAGUUAUAUCUGCGAUGUUACAUGUGUGGUUUUUUAUAGCUAGUUGGAAAUAUUCUUAGAAAGGAUUAUGAAAGGUAGAGUAUUAAUAUUUCUUGUUUUGAAAUAGUUUGAAAAAAAACUGCUUUGUGAUGGAAAAAAGAAUGAACAGUUUAACAUGAAUAUCAGACAAUUUUCAUGUAAAUAUCACAAUCAGAUAUUUGUCUUUUUUUAACAUGGGUGAAAGUUUUUCGGUUUAUUCUGGAUUUCUGCUUUUUGAAUGGCUCCAGGGGUCCCUUUUCCAAAUAUUGUAAAUCUUGUAAAUCCUAUUUUUAUUUUUGUUUACCGAUUAGAAACAAAACUCAUCCAAUCACUGAUAUGACGGAAUAAUCAUAUUUACUCAGCUAGCUCCAGCAAGCUUCUUUGGAUAUUUGCUGAGUGGGUUCUGGAAAAUUUCUACAAGGUUUCCUCCAGCAUUUAACAGGGUGUUCUUGUUACAGAAUUCUAGUUUAUUACAGUAGACCUGCACUAUUUUUAGGGUUAUUAAAUUUGCCAGCUUUCACCCAUGAAUGACUCAUCAAAGUUGAGUUUAAAGGUAGUUUCCUGUUUAAUUACACAUGAAUUAUGAAUGCCAUUAAAUGUAAUUAGUUAAUUUACCAAUCUAUGGAAGACUACUAUGGAGUAGAUAUAUGUUUUUUCUAUCAAUGGAUGUAUUUUGUUGUUUAUGAAUAUUCAUAAUAAUGUAACCUAAUUUGUAAUUAUGAUUUUAAUUGUUUUUGGAUCUUCUGUUUUACAGAAGAAAGUACUGCAAAGAAACUGUCAGAACAUCAGUCAGUUCAGUUCAUAAUUGCUGAGGAGUUGAUAAUACAAAGAUAAGUGGCUGACUGUAUGUGAUACACACUGACUGUGACAGAAUUAACAUAUUCAAUUUUAUCAUUAAGCUUGGACAUUGUAUAAAUGAAUUAAAAGGAAGAUAGUUUUGAAGAGAUUAAGUGUGCGAUUGUUAUUCCAGUUGUUUUAUAUCAGCCUGUAUACUGUAGAUUGCUUUACUUUUACGGGGAGUCUUAUGUUGGCUUCUAUCUGCAAUUCCUUGAUGGUGCGAAUUCAAGGGGUCACUAAAUUAUUAUUUUUUAAAUUGCCAUAUACAUGGAAGCGAUUCACACAAAAUAUUGAAUUUUUCGCAAAUGAUCAGAGGAAAAGAUUGCUGAAAAAGAUAACUCGCUUAUUUAAAGCAAUUUAUAGCAUACAUGCAUACAUGGUUAGAUAUGGAGUUCCAUGUAUUGUUUGCUAUUUUUGUAUGACAUUUGAUGCAUUGUUCAUGUUUAUGAAAUUUCUAGCUUUCUUAUGCAGGAACCCAGCACUGAGGUGCUUCAAAAACACUAGAGUACAGAAUGGUUAAUGCUUUGGGUAAUCUUAUUUUCUAUUGGUGUUUUAACUGUAAAAUUUUCUAUUAAGAUUAAAAUAUAAAUUGUUAUGUAAUCCCAACAUUCUCCUAUACUUUUUCGUUGCCAUACAUAUUAAGAAAUGCAGAAUGCUGAAUUUAAAGUCCUAGUUAGGUUUAGAUCAUACCAUACAAGUUUGGUCUGCAAAGCUCAUCCCUGCAUCAGCAUUAUAACCAUCCUAUUUUGUAAAAGUCAACUUUGAAUGCGAAUAAAGUCUCUCAUACA